GUGAUGUUAUUCAUCAAGGGUUCAGUGUCAAAAGAUCCGAAAUCCGUGACUUUUUACAGGCCGGCUUAUAUAUGUGACUUGAACAACAAUUUACUAUCUGUUUUAGGAUCCGUGCUUUUUUUACAUCCAUGCAACGACCAGAGAAGGAUGAUUCCAACUCUUCUGCCGAUGCUGCUGGAUGUGGACGAUACAGUACGAAUAAGGCCGGGAUGAGCGGUUUGGACAAGGCGACGAUCCUUCAAAUAAUUUUAGAGAAUUCCAAAGGCUCAAAGUUUUACGAGAACGAACUUCGUCGGGAACGUCUCCUACAGGAGCAAAUUGAACGAAAACUGGCCCAAAUUAAAACUUUCACUUCCGCGAUGGUUUCUCUGGGUGAGACGGAGGCGGAUUCGGUGCUGAAGUCGAUCGAGACUAAGCGUUGUUUCUCACGGUGCAUAAUGCAUUUGGAUAUGGACGCCUUCUAUGCCUCAGUGGAGAUCCGCGAUCAGCCAGAGUUGCGUUUCCAUCCGGUGGCUGUAGGCAGCAAUAGUAUGUUGUCCACAAGCAAUUACAUCGCUCGCCGCUUCGGUGUGCGUCCUGGACUCCCUGGAUUCCUUGGCAAAAAACUCUGUCCUGACCUGCGUAUCGUACCCCCCGACUUUGCUCGUUACACAGCAGCUAGUAGGGUGGUUCGAAGUGUGCUACGACCGUAUGCGGCAAUCGGACUCACUAAGGAUAAAACAUGUGGUGGGCCACCGGGUUCCGACAACGAAGAUGACCACCCGGUCGCCAUGGUUACUGCUAGCUUGGACGAGGCUUAUUUGGACUUGACUCAGCACCUGAAAGAACGUGUCAAUCUCUCCCAAGAGCAACGGUCCUUUUGGCCUCGACCAGCUCCUUCCGCUCCCAUGCUUGUCUGUCGAUGCCCAAAUCGGACAAAGAUAAAGAGUGCAGCUCAUGGAGAUAGUCAUACACAAUCUUGUACCGUGCAGAUGCAGUCUCGGGUAUCAGAACACGAAUCUUCCUUGAACGAGGAGAACGGAACAACUACAUCCUACACGGCAAACAUGCUAUCCGAUACGGUGGAUGAGGAUUUGGCAGUCUGUGAGAACUGUGGACUUCUUCUUCGAUCCGGCCGUCGUGUGUUUGGUAUCACAGCAUGGGAAGCAGCACGCGAAAUACGGUUUCGCAUAUUUUGCGCAACUCGACUGACUGCCAGUGCCGGACUUGGACCAAACACGUUGACUGCCAAAAUUGCGUCUGACUGGUGUAAACCUAGUGGGCAGUUCGAAGUUGCCCGAACUUCGGAGGCAGUCACAGAAUUUAUGCGGCAGCUACCUGUUCGAAAGGUUCCUGGAAUAGGCCACGUCACAGAACGACGUCUGGAAGCUUUCGGGAUUCGUACUUGUCGAGAUCUUAUUGAGAAACGUGGCAUACUGUGGCACCUUAGCAGUCGUUCCGCCAUGGCGUAUUACUUGAGAAUCGCUGUAGGUCAUAGCGAUGACGACUGGUUACCGUGUUCUAAUCCCGAAAUUCUCACUCGACCUAACGAUUCUAACGUACUUGCAUUAUCCGAAGGGGAUUCCAACCAAGGGCGUUAUGAAGUCGAUCGUAAAAGCAUGAGCGUCGAAAGAACCUUCCCGGACACUUUUGAACCGGAAGCACUUAUUCUGCGUUGUCGUCAGUUGUCAGCCAAGUUAUCAGAGGAUCUGAAAGAAGAACAUGUCAAGGGUCGUUCGCUCACUUUGAAGUUAAAACUUGAUACGUUCGAAAAUCGUUCACGUUCUCAAAUGCUCCCAGACUAUACAAACGAUGCGGAAAUUAUUGCAACAUUCGCGACGGAAAUUUUGCGUGAGGAGAUGGCCAACGAGAGAAUGGCGGUACCCGCAAACAAGCAGGUAGCAUCCACAAGCAAGCGGCAACAACCUACUGCUCGAGCAGAACCAAAAGCUCUCACCUUGCGACUCAUGGGUCUUCGAAUGUCCAGCUUGCUUCCAGCCGAAAUGUGUCCACAGAUCCGACAGCGUAGCCUGGAAGAGGCGCUCGCACAUGUUGUGGCUACGAAAAAGUUGAAUUUCGAACCAGUUGAUAAUCAGCCUGAUGAGUUUGAUCGCACGGCUUGUCCUCAAACGACGGCGAAGCAAAGUGGGAACACUGGAUCGGCUGGGUUGACAACAAGGAAGAUGAAACCCACAACUUCGCGCACACGGAAAUCUGACAAGUCAGUAGGCGCUUCGAUCCUGUCUUGGACACAAGUGUCAAAUGUGAAGGACCUUGCUACAUCCUCCACGCAAGAUGACAACAUUUUGGAUUCACGAGCCAUUAUCCUCACUUGUCCAGUGUGCAACGUAGUACUGAAGCUUCCGUCUGAAGAAGAGUUUAACACUCAUCUGGACGAUUGCCUCAACCGAAACACAAUUGCCGAAGCAAUCCGGGAAACCCUUCCAUCCCAAGACAGAAGUAGUGCGUCUCCCAUGACUCAGCAAACAUCCCGUAAGACAAAGCGAUCGCUUCCGUUAGCUUCUUCGCCAGCCUGCUCUAAACGAACCAAGGUUGUCCAGAUGAACAGAGAAAAACGGCACCGAGGGGGUCCGCUCGAUCGAUUCGUGCUCCCGUGAUCAGCCACGUUUUUUUAGAUGGAACCCUAUUCUUAUAUUACCAUAUUAUGCAUCAAAAUGCAUUUACUUUCUACACCGGCUUUUUACCUCCUCCCAUCAGAUAAGGGUUUUGUACUGUGCCAUUCAUCAUAAAGA